AUGGAGUCGAGAGACAGCAAUCCCUCGAAAACCUCAUCAAGCGAUGGCGACGCGAACGCCCGCUUGACCGAUGACCAUGGCUCCUCGUCAAAGCUACCCACUCGUCAGAGCCCCGACCACAAUUCAAGCUUCGAAAGCCCUCCGCCGUUACCCCCGCGCCCGGGGACGCUGAGCUUGUUAGAAGAUGGAGGAGCAGCUCCAGGGACACCGCGAUUGAAUGCCUCAGCAGCGCAUCCAGGCCUGCAAUCUAGAGCUACUACGGCUGUGUCUCUGGCGGAGAUUUCCCAGAGUGAUAAAGGAAAGGAGGCUUUACCUGUUCGCUCGCUUCCCGGGACCAUUCGCGCAAAGGCUAGCCUGAGCCACUUAGCAACUCCGAGGGGUGGAAGCGAUACUGGUGACAGCGCGAGCGUUACAAGUUAUGCCCCAUAUUCCGAAUCGGGGGAUGUGGAAAAUAUAUUUGGCUCCCUCGCGUCCUCGGAGUUGGAAACGGGUCAAGAAAGUACUGGCUUGAUGCAAUUUCCAGAGUUCCAGGCCGACGAUAUGCAGGAUGAUUUCGAAAGUGAACUUGAGCCGGUCGGAGAGAUCAAUGAGGGAGGGGAGAACGAAGAUCUAGUACUCGCCAAUUGGAAGGCGAAGCGGAAACACUAUAUAAUCCUCUCGGCUGCCGGAAAGCCGAUUUGGACAAGACAUGGUGAUGGUGGACUUAUUUCUACCUAUGUUGGCAUUAUCCAAACGAUCAUUUCUUCCUACGAGGAGUCCAAGGAUCACUUGAAGGGCUUCACUGCUGGCGACACCAAGUUUACAGUACUUGCCCAAGGGCCCUUAUACUUAGUUGCUAUUAGUCGGAUCCUCGAAAGUGAUACGCAGCUCAAGCUUCAGCUCGAGGCGUUGUAUAUGCAGAUACUAUCCACGUUAACGCUCCCAGCACUGACCCACCUUUUCUCCGUACGACCAUCGACCGACUUGAAGCGUCCCCUACAAGGGUCCGAGACCCUUCUCUCCACCUUAGCAGACAGCUUCACAAAAGGGUCGCCGUCCACACUACUCUCAGCCCUUGAGUGCUUGAAGAUCCGCAAAUCACACCGUCAAAUCAUCAACAACACCCUUUUGAAAACGAAAGUCAACAAGCUUCUAUACGGGCUCGUUGUAGCAGGCGGUCGACUUGUAAGUGUUGUCAGGCCAAAGAAGCACUCGCUGCAUCCGGGCGAUCUCCAGCUUUUAUUCAACAUGAUUUUCGAGGCGGAAGCCGUCAAGGCUGGCGGCGGCGAAAGCUGGAUCCCUGUGUGCCUUCCUGGGUUCAACAGCAGCGGAUACCUGUACAUGUAUCAAAUGGAAAAGAACGGCAGCAUUAAGAUUAUCAAAGAAGCCAUCCACAAGGGCCGACCCAGCACAACUGAUAUAGUCCCCGGCUCCGUCCUACACCACUUUGUAUAUAAAUCCCGCGCGAACGUCCAGUUCACCAUGUCCUCCUACGAACCUGAGUUCUCAUCUAUCCCCCGGCGUCGAAGACUAAUAUCAACCUACAAUAAUCUCCACGCGAGCGUUCAUGCGAAACACACCCACGUCAAGGUCCACCACUGCAUCACUCAAUCUUCAAGCUCCUUUGCGUGGAUAACGCCGGUAUUUGAGCUCUACUGUGUGGCUGGGCCACAUGCAAAUCGGAAUGCGCUGGCGCAGAGUGCCAGUAAGAUUGUGCAAUGGGUGCAGAAGGAAGAAGAACGAUUGUUUAUCAUUGGUGGCGCGGUUUUCUGA